UUGCCAGUUUCUCCUUUCCCGGAAUUGGGGUGAAAAGCGGAGACCCUCGCCAGUUGACGUUCGCAGGAGGAGGUGAAGCUCUAGUCCUGCCGCAAUGGGAGACGAUACCCCUGACCGAGCCCUCGGGUCGGCCGAAGGCGCCCUGGCCAUCGUGGGCAUUCUGUAUUUGAGCAAACUCGCCAUCACCAACGCCUGGGCUAUCCUGACUGGCCUGAGAGCGCACGUGUGGUCGAGGCUUUGGAAAAGGAACUUCGUGCAGCGCUACGGCGAGUGGGCGGUGGUUACGGGCUGCACUGAUGGGAUCGGCAAGGAGUACGCCAAGGAGCUUGCCAAGACCAAGAUGAAUAUUGUCCUCAUUUCUCGCACCCAGUCAAAGCUUGAAAAAGUUGCUGCAGAAAUAAGUGAGGAAUUUGGCGUGAAGACAGAAAUUGUUCGAGCUGACUUUUCAAAUGGCCAGCCCAUCUAUCAGGACAUUUCAAAGCAUCUUCAAGACAAAGAAAUUGGCAUCCUAGUAAAUAAUGUGGGAGUAAUGCUUCCCCAUCCAAUGAAAUUUGGAGAAGCAUCAGAGUUUGACAUCUGGAGUCACGUUAACAUCAAUGUCGCAGCGAUGCUUGCUAUGACAAAACUAGUUCUACCUGGAAUGGUGUCCCGACACAAGGGUGCCAUCAUCAACAUUGCUUCAAUUGCAGGCACACAUCCACUACCCCUUAUGGGAAUCUAUGGUGCAACAAAGGCUUUUGUUGAUGACUUCUCCCAGUCACUGGAAUGGGAAUAUCGCAGCUCAGGAAUCACAGUUCAGACUGUUAAUCCAUCUUAUGUGUCAACCAACAUGACCAGCUUUUCAGAUAUUGUUCACAAGCAGAAUCCAGCAGUCCCAGCAGCAGCAACAUUUGUGUCUCAUGCCAUUGCAACCAUAGGAUAUACUGGUCGUACAAGUGGGUACUGGAUUCAUGGAAUUAUGAAACAUGCUUCAGAAAAUUACUGCCCAAAGUGGCUCUUCAUGUUCAGCAUGUAUAUGUGGAAUCUCCUCUUGCUACACAAUCUGAAAGAGAACAAGGAAUGAAGCAGUGAAGGACAAUGAAAAGAAUGCAGCACUUUUUAUAUUUUUCCACUUUAGUAAAUUGCUCUUUUCAUUUAUAUAAUGUAUAUUUCAAAUUUUAGCCCCGCCCCCCCUCUUUUUUGUUCUCUCUUAUAAUAGUUUUGGUAUUAUGUUGUUAGUGCAGCUUUGUGUGAGUGUAAUAUUUGAUUCUUCAUUUUUAAUACAAAUCUGUUCUCUGUCAAUUUGUUAGUUAAAGCAAUUGUUUUAUUUUAAAUGAGAUACAUUGUGUCCUCAGUAUUCAUGAUUCAUCAAUUCAGAAAAGACUGACAAAAACUGAAACAAUGUUUCCCUCAAGAAAUAAUGUAAAUCCAAUUAAUUCAUUCCAGACACCCAUAAAUAUUUCUAAAUGAUACAUUUUAAAGAUAAUAACUAUAGUUUUACAUACAGAAAACAAUGAAAAAUAGAUAUAAAUGACUAAUGAAAGGGAUAAAUGAACAUUUAACAUCAUUUUUACCUUUAUUGAAAACUCUAUUUGGUAUAUGUAAAAGGUCGAGGUGGGGAGAGGUUAUUGUUUGGAAGGGGAAUCCCCCUCCAUAAGGUAUCAGGUAUCAAGGCCUGACUCACAAACACAUAGAGUGCUUUGUGCAGGUGCUUGAUUCUAGGAAAUGAGUGGCUGAGUUACACAGGCAGGUGUAUGAGCUUGGUAUGGUUCAUUUUCAUCUAUGCAGAAUAUGCUAUGUAUGAAAACGGACAAAAUUUAAACGAAAAAAGUCAUCGAAAACAAUCAUAAAAAACUAGGGCAUCUGAAAACUGAGGUUUUACUGUAUCCUCUAAUGAUUAUACACAAUUGCAUUAUCAUGCAUUUAUCUAUCUAUAAUUCUGAGGCUCCAGCUUAAUGAAAUUGUAUUUAUAGAAAUUAAGUAGACUAGCCAAGAAAAAAAUCUAACUGUAUAAAUAGUAAAUUCAAUAAGGUAUAGGUUUUUUUUUAUUUAUCUUGUGUUGUUAAAUGGAAUAUUUUAUUAAAUAACCUUGUUGUAAUAGAAA